AUGCAAUACCUCGCUAUUUUCGCUUUGAUUGGCUGUUCAAGCGCUUUCCUCCUUGGCGGUGGCGGCGGUGGAUGUGGAUGCCCUCCUCCUCCACCUCCAUGCGGAUGCGGCGGCGGUCUCCCGCAACUACCUCCCCUUCAGCUUCCUCAACUCCAGCUGCCUUCCCUAGGCGGUGGCGGAUGCUGUUCUCCUCCUCCAGCUCCAUGCGGAGGUGGCUGCGGAGGCGGUGCUGCUCUUCCACCUCCACCAGCAUACGCUGCUCCUCCUCCACCACCAGCCAACUCUUACGCUCUUGGAGGAAAGUAA